AUGCUGGAUCAAACAUUACCGAGCUUCGGACGUCCACCGAUGGAACAAUCACGUCUCAUGGAUCACUGUUGGGAAGAAGAUUCGGGAUUACUGUGUUUCGAGCCAAAUUUGUGCGUCUCAAGGGUCCGUUAUUCGAGUCCCAUACCGCUACAUCAGGGAUCUUCUAUUACCUCUAUAUCUUCUGGCACUUUCGUCAACAUUUUCAAUACCAACAAUCUUGCGAAAAUCGGACACUACCCCAUGGACAGUAUUCAAGGUCACCAGAAGGAAGUCAUCAUCGUGUGCCUAACAAAGACCAACAAGGCAUCAUCAGACUUCGCCAGAGAUGAUCUACGUCUCAACGGGAACAUCAUCAUAGGCGACCUUCCGGCCGGCAGAAGAGUCUAG